UCCCAUAAUGCUGUUGUCAAUCUUCUUCUUCAUAGUGGAGCUGAUGUGAGUAAGUGUAGUGAUGAAGGAUUAUCUGCUCUCUCCAUGUGUUUUAUUCUCAUUUAUCCAGAAGAAUCUUUUAAGGGUAAUACUGCUGAGAGGAGCUUGCACAGUUACAAGUGGACUGAAAAAUCAGAAUCCUCAGAAACUGUCAGUGAUGCUGAAGGCAUAAUGUCAGAACGACAGAAGAGAUGGGAAACAAUCCAGCUACUGCUUCGUCGAGGUGCAGAUCGCAGCGCAUCCUGGGCCCCACCACACCUCCUGUUCUUUGCUGUUAAAGGUGCAGAUGCAGAAGCAGUGGAACUCCUCUUAAAAAGGGGAGCCAGUUAGGGGGGUUAACUCCUCUCCACAUGGCUGCCUCGAUUCCUGGGGAGGAAGGGGUCCAGGUAACCCAGUACCUCCUGCAUUCUGCCCCAGAUCUUAAUGCAAGGGCAGAAGAUGGAAAUGAGAUAAAUGGUCCAG